ACCUCAUAGACACAGCAAAUCAAGCAGCAAUAAGGUAGUCUCUGCCAUGAAGGUUUAUUCCAUCACUGUCCUCACUCUCAUCGCAGUCUCUGCAAGCCAUGCCUUCGCACUGUCAUCCCUGCAGGGAGAGGGCGAGGCUCGGCUCGACUCGACUCUAACAUCAUCGCCGGCGCCUCCUCAUCCGCAAACCUAUGCCUCUACGAGAUUGUUGUCAAGACCGCGCCGGGGAUCGAGGGCGCCGGCACCGACGCCCGCGUCUACCUGAAGCUGUCCAGCGCUGACGAGAGCGACGCCAUGGAGUUCCCGGACCUGGAAUCCUGGGGCUGGAUGGGCCCCGGCCACGACUACUUCGAGUCGGGCAACAUGGACAUCUUCGGCCACGCGCCUCGCGAGUGCAUGGCCGCCAUGCCGUGCAAGAUGCUGCUGGUGUCCGACGGGUCCAGCGGCAAGCCCGAUUGGUACGUGAACUUCGUGGAGAUCAUCCAGAUCGACACGGAUCUGUCCGUCUUGGUCCGCAAGUUCUUCAUCAAUGGGUGGCUAUCCGUCAACAAGCCACCCUACCAGCUCUUCGCCUACCAGGACUUAUGUGGCAACGACAACACGGCAGUGGCAUGAGCAAGUACAAAUCGUGCCGUGUAUAUAUAGACACACGCACGCACGUGCAUGAUCUAUGAUAGAUAUAUGCACGGCACCAAUGAUAUAUAAUAACGGCCUCUUUGGUUCCAGUACUGACCACACUUCCUAACCCAGGAAGUAGUGGAUUUGUUGUCUGGGCCAGGAAGCCCGGUCUAGGGUUCCAGCCAAAUAAACCCGAAGUUUAUGACUUACUCGGAACUAUGAUGUCUUAACUUACCUGCAUACAUGCACAUGUGUCAUCAAAAUGGCUGUGCCUAUGCUUAAAUAUUUUCUAGAGCUGGCAAUGUAUGUCUUGAUCGACGAUUAAUAAAUUGAACCCAUCAGUUAUGAGUCA